UUACUAAAUUCUCCAUUGACCUCGCUGACCUAUGUAAUAUCAAGACAGUAAUAUAUGUGCAAAAUCAUUUAUAAUACACGUUACCACGUUACAUUGCAGUGCCUCUGCUGUUUUACAUGUUAUUAAAUCAGUGAAAUCUAAGUACUGUGUGUUUAGAGUUUUAAAUGAUUGCAUAGAGAAAUUAUGAGGCUUUUACAAUUAUCCAAGUGCGAAUUCAGCGUGAAUUUGUUAAUGAUUCGUAUCCAUAAGCCUUCAACACGUUAUAUGAAUACCUUAAAAGGUAAAAUAAUAGCGAUUAGAAGAGAGGAUCAGUCAGUAUGGGAAAGAAGAGCUCCCUUGGCACCUGCGAAUGUUCGACAAUUAAUUAGAGCAGGGGUAAAAGUAAUUGUGCAACCCAGUAAUAGAAGAGCUUAUCCUGCACAAUCCUAUCAAGCUGCUGGUGCUGUAUUACAAGAGGACAUUAGUUCUGCCUCUGUUAUUUUCGGAGUGAAGCAAGUUCCUGUGGAUCAACUUAUAUCCAAUAAAACUUAUUGUUUCUUCUCUCAUACUAUCAAGGCGCAAGAAACCAACAUGCCUCUAUUAGAUGCUCUUCUUGAAAAGAAUAUACGUUUGUUAGAUUAUGAAAAAUUAACGGACAAUAAUGGACAAAGAGUAGUCGCUUUUGGUAAAUAUGCUGGUGUAGCUGGCAUGGUAAACAUAUUACAUGGACUCGGACUGAGAUUGCUUGCAUUAGGACACCAUACGCCGUUCAUGCACAUUGGACCAGCGCACAAUUAUAGAGACUCCGCUAUGGCACGGCAAGCUAUACGUGAUGUAGGAUAUGAAAUAGCGUUAGGUGCCAUGCCAAAAUCAAUCGGACCCUUGACAUUCAUUUUCACUGGUAGCGGAAAUGUUAGUCAAGGCGGUCAAGAAGUUUUUCAAGAGCUUCCGCAUGAAUACGUACCACCUGAAAUGCUAAAGAAAGUUGCCGAACACGGCGAUAUAACAAAAAUAUACGGAUGCGAGGUAAGACGAAGGCAUCAUCUAGAAAGAAAAGAAGGAGGUGGUUUUGAUUCUGACGAGUGUGACAAGCAUCCUGAGAGAUACCUUUCCACUUUCAGCAAAAAAAUUGCACCGUAUGCAUCAGUGAUAAUUAAUGGAAUAUAUUGGGCUGUUGAUUCGCCUAAAUUAUUAACAAUACCAGACGCAAAAUAUUUAUUAAGGCCAGCUUACACUCCUUGGCUAUCAGUAAGCGUCGGUGCUCCUGCUCUACCUCACAGGAUGUUAGCGAUUUGUGACAUAUCAGCAGAUCCUGGAGGUAGCAUCGAGUUCAUGAAUGAAUGCACAACAAUUGACACACCAUUCUGUUUAUAUGAUGCCGACCGUAACAAGGAUACUAAGUCUUUUAAAGGCCCCGGAGUGUUAGUUUGUUCAAUUGACAAUAUGCCAACUCAAUUACCGAAAGAAUCCACUGAUUUCUUUGGCAAUCUUUUAUAUCCUUAUGCGUUGGAUAUUAUUCGCUCGGAUGCAAAACUGUCACUGGAAGAACAUAAUUUUAGUCCAGCAGUACACGGUGCAAUAAUAGUAUCGAACGGUCGGUUAACUCCUAAUUUCGAAUAUAUUCAAGAGUUGAGACUACUAAAUCAGCGCUGUAAACACAAAGCAGAUAAUCGAGAACCACAAAGUAAAACGGUCGUCGUCUUAGGUGCAGGACAUGUCUCCGCUCCUUUGGUUGAAUAUUUACACAGAGACACUAAUAUACAUUUAAUUGUUGCAUCCCAAUUUAAAGAAGAGGCAGACGUGUUAGCCAAUAAAUUUCCUGGUGUAGAGCCAGUUUUACUAGAUGUAAUCGAACGACCUGAUACGUUACAUGACAUUGUAGAAUCUGCCGAUGUGGUAGUUUCGCUGUUACCUUACUCUCUACAUCACGUAAUUGCAAAUGUAUGCAUAAAUGCUAAAACACACUUAGUAACUGCAAGUUAUACGAAUGAAGACGUUAAAGCUUUGCACGAAGAAGCAAAAGCAGCAGAAGUGACUAUACUUAAUGAGGUAGGAUUAGAUCCCGGCAUAGACCACUUAUUGGCUUUAGAAUGUUUCGAUAAUGUUAAGCAAGCUGGUGGGAAAAUUGAGUCUUUCAUAUCUUGGUGCGGCGGUUUACCUGCGCCAGAAUGUUCUUCUAAUCCUUUACGAUACAAGUUUAGCUGGUCACCACGCGGUGUGCUAUUAAAUACUUUGGCAUCAGCGAAAUACUAUCACGACCAACAAGUUGUAGAAAUUGAAUCCGGAGGAAACCUUAUGUCUGCCGUUAAGGAUCUAGACUUUUUACCUGGCUUUGCACUGGAAGGCUUUCCAAACCGUGACAGUAUAGUAUAUAGAGACCUAUAUGGACUACAUAACGCUAAUACAGUUUUGCGGGGCACAUUAAGGUUCAAAGGUUUUUGUAAGACCAUACAGGCUUUACAACGUGUUGGGCUAACGAACCCUCAUCCGCAUCCGAGCUUACAUCCAAAUGGGCCAGAUAUCACGUGGAGAGCAUUAAUUUGCAAUUUAGUUAAUUUGACAAAUGACAUGUUUUACGAAAAUUUGAAAAGAAAACUAGCCGAAAUGCUAAAUUCAGAAGACGAUGUGCAGUCAAUCGAGGAUUUAGGACUUCUUCAAGAAGAUUUGGUGUUGAAAUUAAAUACUCCUAUUGAUACUCUGACGCAUUACUUAUCGAAGAAACUAUGUUUUGAUCAAAAUGAACGAGAUCUUGUAAUUCUAAGACACGAAGUUGGAAUAUUAUGGCCUGACAACAGAAGGGAAGAGAGAGGGAUUAAUCUAGUGUUGUAUGGAGAUAAGCGCUAUUCUGCUAUGGCACGGACUGUUGGAUAUCCGACAGCCAUCACAGUUAAAAUGAUUCUCGAUGGUGAAAUACAAAAACGUGGUGUGAUUCUCCCAUUUACUCCAGAUAUUUAUCGGCCCAUACUAAACCGAUUAAAAGCUGAAGGAAUAGAAUUUUUUGAAACAUCGAAAUGGAUAACAUGAUGGCUAGUAUAGCUUUUAAUAUAAAUAAUGUUAAGUAUAAUAUAUA